UCUGCUCUUUAUUCUCUCCCGAAGAAGACUUAAAUGGGCCUGAUUCUGAGAUUUGAGUAAUAUUUUUAAGCAUAACAGCAUACUUUUCCUUUAGAAUCUGGCAAUAUUCGUAAAGUACAAACACCUUGCUUAAUAAAUUUUAUGAAAGCAAAGAGUGGCAGAGGCAGUGCACAAAGUAAGUCACCAACCAGAGUUGUCACACCAAAUGGUGUCAAGAGAGUUAUAAAGUUUGGUGAAGAAGUACCCUCUAAAGUUCAUCUGGACGGUGGAAGCGACUGCUAUAUUUCGUGAACAUCAAUAGAAGUCCUGAGUCAAUUCAUAGCUCUUGUUCUACAAGUCUAAGCUUUGAUCUAAAUUCUAAAAUUUGAAAUAAAACUCUAGUAAUAC